GCCACCCUGUGCCAUCUUGUAUUUAGCAAGAACAAAAACGGAGGAGAAAACGAGCCCGGCCCGGGGACGGGGCGCGGAUUUUCAGGCUGCUUUUGGAGCGUGUGAUUCAGAAAGGCUGGUGCAGCCGGACAGUAUGCUCGGAGGAGCAGCAGCACGGAGGAACAGCAGCCACACCCCGCGGGACAGCUCCGGUUCGCGUUAGCUCGCAGGCUACCCGAGCUAAGCUAAGCUAGCGGCGCAGGACGGAGGCAAGCGUCGAGUCCGAGCCGGUCUGUGCCGUCCAGAAACCCCACAUUAACUACACUAAAAUCCGCAGGACCUGGGUGGAAAUGGCCCGGACGUGGUGGUGACCGUAUGCAGAGAAGAAUUCCGGGCAAUGAGGAUUGACGCUCGCUGCUAGCUCGGCUGCUAACGGUUGUUUUUCGGUCCAGAGCGGAACCACAAUAAGCCGCGGCCCUGGCCAUGCCCUCGAAUGCACGGGCGGGCAAUCUGAAGGACCCCGAGGUGGCUGAUCUCUUCUGCAAAGAUGACCCGGAGAAGCUGUUCACCGACCUCCGGGAGAUCGGCCACGGCAGCUUUGGAGCGGUUUACUUUGCCCGAGAUGUGCGCAACAAUGAGGUGGUGGCCAUCAAGAAGAUGUCCUACAGUGGAAAGCAGACCAACGAGAAAUGGCAGGACAUCAUUAAAGAGGUGAAGUUCCUGCAGAAGCUUCGCCACCCCAACACCAUCGAGUACCAGGGCUGCUACCUGAAGGAGCACACGGCAUGGCUCGUGAUGGAGUAUUGCCUCGGCUCGGCCUCAGACCUCCUCGAAGUUCACAAAAAGCCACUCCAGGAAGUUGAAAUAGCUGCUAUUACCCAUGGUGCACUGCAGGGAUUAGCAUAUCUUCACUCUCACAAUAUGAUUCACAGGGACGUGAAGGCAGGAAACAUCCUGCUGACGGAGCCGGGUCAGGUCAAACUGGGGGACUUUGGCUCCGCCUCCAUCGUGUCUCCGGCCAACUCCUUCGUGGGGACGCCGUACUGGAUGGCUCCAGAGGUGAUCUUGGCCAUGGACGAGGGCCAGUACGACGGGAAGGUGGACGUCUGGUCUCUGGGCAUCACCUGCAUAGAGCUGGCGGAGCGGAAGCCCCCACUGUUCAAUAUGAAUGCUAUGAGUGCCUUAUACCACAUCGCUCAGAAUGAAAGCCCCGUCCUGCAGUCCAAUCACUGGUCCGAUUCCUUCCGCAGUUUUGUCGACUCAUGUCUACAGAAGAUCCCCCAGGACCGGCCUACCUCGGACGUGCUUCUCAAUCAUCGCUUCUUGUGCCGCGAGCGCCCGCUAACCGUCAUCAUGGACCUGAUCGCACGCACCAAGGACGCAGUGAGGGAGCUCGACAACCUGCAGUACCGCAAAAUGAAGAAGAUCCUCUUCCAGGAAACCCAGCAGAACGGCCCCGUCACCGAGGGAGUGGAGGAGGAGGAGGAGGUGGAGCCGUACCUGCUGCAGACAGGCACCGUUAACAGCAUGGAGAGCUCCCAGUCUGUUCCCAGUAUGUCCAUUUCAGCCAGCUCCCAGAGCAGCUCGGUCAACAGCCUUGCCGACGCCUCCGAUGACAGCAGCAGCGAGAUGGCCAUGAUGCAGGAGGGGGAGCACACCGUCACCUCCAACAGCUCCAUCAUCCACCGACCGACGGGUCAGGACAACAUCUACGACGACCCGUACCAGCCGGAGAUGGAUCAGCCUCAGGCUCCUUCGGCUGGACGCCGGCGAGCCUUCUAUCGCAACCGUGACCACUUCGCCACCAUCCGCACGGCCUCUUUGGUGACCCGUCAGAUCCAGGAGCACGAGCAGGGCUCGGCGCUGCGGGAGCAGAUGUCCGGCUAUAAACGCAUGAGACGGCAGCACCAGAAGCAGCUGAUGAGCCUGGAGAACAAGCUGAAGGCGGAGAUGGACGAGCAUCAGCUGAAGCUGGACAAAGAGCUAGAGAACCAGAGGAACAGCUUCUCUACAGAGGCCGACAAGCUGGCCAAGAAGCACCAGGCCAUCCUGGAGAAGGAGACAAAAGCAGCUCUGACGGAGGAGAAGAAGUUCCAGCAGCACAUCCUCGGCCAGCAGAAGAAGGAACUCACCGGUUUGCUGGACUCUCAGAAACGGCAGUACCGCCAGCGCAAGGAGCAGCUGAAAGAGGAGCUGAGCGAGAACCAGUCGACACCGAAGCGGGAGAAGCAGGAGUGGUUGAUCCGUCAGAAGGAGUGUCUCCAGCAGAUGCAGGCGGAGGAGGAGGCCAGCCUGCUCCGGAGGCAGCGGCAGUACUACGAGCUGCAGUGUCGUCAGUACAAGAGGAAGAUGCUGCUGGCUCGCCACAACCUGGAGCAGGACCUGCUCAGAGAGGAGCUGAAUAAGAAGCAGACGCAGAAGGACCUGGAGUGCGCCAUGCUGCUGCGGCACCACGAGUCCACCCAAGAGCUCGAAUUCAGGCAGCUGGGCACGAUGCAGCACACCCGGGCCGAGCUGAUCCGAACACAGCACCAGACCGAGCUGACCAAUCAGAUGGAGUACAACAAGCGGCGUGAGCAGGAGCUCCGACAGAAGCACGCCAUGGAGGUCCGGCAGCAGCCCAAGAGUCUGAAGUCCAAAGAGCUGCAGGUCAAGCGUCAGUUCCAGGAGACCUGUAAGAUCCAGACCCGUCAGUACAAAGCUCUGAGGAACCACCUGCUGGAGAGCACUCCAAAGUCCGACCAUAAGGCCGUCCUCAAACGCCUCAAAGAGGAACAAACACGUAAGCUGGCCAUCCUGGCCGAGCAGUACGACCACUCCAUCAACGAAAUGCUGUCCUCUCAGGCUGUGAGUAAGCUGCGGCUCGAUGAAACGCAGGAAGCUGAGUAUCAGGUUCUCCGUAUGCAACUGCAGCAGGAGCUUGAGCUGCUCAACGCCUACCAGAGCAAGAUCAAGAUCCACACGGACACCCAGCACGAGCGUGAGGUGAAGGACCUGGAGCAGAGGGUGUCGAUCCGCCGGGCGCUGCUGGAGCAGAGGAUCGAGGAGGAGAUGCUGUCUCUGCAGAACGAGCGCUCAGAGAGAAUCCGGACGCUGCUCGAACGCCAGGCUCACGAGAUCGAGGCCUUCGACUCUGAGAGCAUGCGUCUGGGCUUCAGCAACAUGGCGCUGACCGGCAUCCCGGCCGAGGCGUUCAACCAGGGCUACCCGACCCCGAGCCCGUCUUCGGGCUCCGGCGGCUGGCCGUCACGGCCCGUCCCGCGCUCCGGCAGCCACUGGAGUCACAGCGUGCAGAACUCGGUGGCGACUCCGUCCUGGCGCAGCCAGAAUCACGGCGGGGGAGGCUUCGGCCGCACCGAGUCCAUCGCCUCCUCCCACGGCCUCGGUAGGGACAGCGAGAUGAGCAAGAGCCGAGGCCACCCCUCUUCCUCCUCUUCCUCCCAUCACCAGCAGCACUACCUCCCCCAGCACUACCAACACCACCAGAGCACGCCACAGCUCUACCGCGACACCCACGAGCGCGAUUCCAGGGAACGCGAGCGCUCCAGGGAGUGGGUGGGAGGAGGGGGGCACUACUCCCAUCAUUCCCAGGGCCACCACCUCUCCUCUCACGCCUCCUCGCAGUCGCUGGCCCUCCUGCCUCCACCGCCGCCACCUCCCCCAAUCGCCCUCUCCUCUUCCUCCCCUCCCUCCUCCGCCUCUUCGUCCUCAUCUUCACAGGGGGGCUAUGGCGGUGGGGGUCUGAGUGUCAGGGGCCCCACCCUGAUGGCGCUUAGGAACAGCCCCCAGCCGCUGAGGAGAACGGCUUCCGGGGGGCCCGGUGGCGGUGGGGGGAGCGACGGCGGGUUGACCCGGAGCACGUCUGUGACCUCGCACAUUUCUAACGGCUCUCACCUCUCCUACUCGUGAAGCCGCCGCGGGUUUCCUCCCGGCUGCUGACCUGCUUCUCCAAGGGGAAACCGAAGCCAAACGGCGCCGGGUUUGAGACGGAGGUCAAACUCCAUCUUUAGCAUUUCGAUACUAAAAACUCGCCACAAGUUUUAAAAAGCCGAUUUUUGACGCCUCCAAUCUUUAGAGAAGAGAGAGGACACCUUCAAAGAGCCACUAUAGCUGCACGGAAGCAGCGAUCCAAUCAGAGUCUAUAACACGUCCGGGUGCUGCAAAGCGAACAAGUUGACCCGGAGUCAGUUUGUUCGCUUGGCGACAGGGCGAAUCCAUCGCACAGUAAUGAAGUUUAAACAUCUGUCGGGUCGGCUGCAGGGGAGACGGAGCCACGGCUGUGGAGCUUCCACUCGGCUCGCGGUGCUUUAAAAACCACUGUAACUAUGUACAUAACUGAACUGCAGACGCAGUUUCUGGUUUCUAAGUGUUUCGUACGUUCAGUGGGGGCGGGGCCUGAAGGCGGGGGUGUACAGGCAUUGACCAAGGGAAGAUUUCUUCAAAACAACUUUUAUUUGUAGUGAUAAGAUUCUGUAUAUGACACUAAAAACAAACACUGCCAUCUUUCUGUUGACCCGAGACAAACCUACCACUGCCCUCCGAUUCGCUUAAAGGAACCCGCCCACUUUGCGACGAAUCGCUUCACUGUCGAUGCGAUCAGUACGGGAAGUCGCCCCAGUUUUGUCUGUUUUUCUCUGGCUUAGCGUUGACAUUGGAAACAGGAAGCUAUUGAGACAAGACAACCAAGUUUAUGGGAUCUGUGCACAAUGACAUUUUCACUGUUGUCUGAGGCAGACAUUCUACUUCCUGUUGAUCCCAUCGUACAGAGGUGAUCCACAGUCCAGCAGGGGGCGCUGUGAGAGUCCUCGGCAAACAGGAGUUAUUCCACCUGCUUCCAGACAAAAGUGCACAUUUUAUUUUAGUUCCACGAUUGGAUAACGUGUCCGAACUGGGAGAAAAAUUAACUCGUCCUCAAGUUUUCCUCAAAAUACUACCAUUCUGCUUAUGAGUGCUGAUUGGCCCAUUAAGGAUUCAGGACAGGAAGUCCUCUGUAGAUGGCUCCCGUUUCCAAAUGAUGACUACAGCAGGCUUUGGAAGCGCAGUUAAAGCCCAGCAGAAGCAGCUGGUCAUGGUGGUUGAAGGUCACACUGUCAGGAGGCCGCUGCUCGCUUCAUGCCGCAAAUCAAAAUGGACGAUGCAGCUUGUGGUGCUUAAUACAAGAGUUUUUACUACAAUAGAAACCCAUAAAACCUUGAAGUGGAACUUUAUUUUCACCACUUCUGACAAAAGUUUCCAGAAGAAAAAUGUUCACCCCACAAAAUUUAUGUUUUUGUUUUAUAGCUCCGCAGAGGCUCGAGAGCGCCCCCUACUGCAGCGUAAUUAAGGGAUCAGGUGCCACCUUUUGGUACUGCUCAGCAAUUAAAGGUUAAUUACUUUGAGUUGAAUUCCCAAACAGGCAGGCUGAUUAUAAUUAGCAAAAUUAAACAAAAACAAUUCAUAAAUGAAUUUGACUGAUCAGCUGAUCUGGUGCGCGCUGUGCAGAGGAUUCGGAUUCAGGUCAGAUCACAUUUGACUGAAAACACUAAAAUCUGUUUGCUCUUUAAUCGCGCUCACUGUGAGCAGUUAAGAAUAACUUGGAGCUGGUUUUAAAAAGUGUGUUUGAUGCUUUGUUUUCCUGUUUUUAACGCUAAGCUCAGCGAGUCGGGUCGUCUUCCUGCGCUGAAUCUGAGCGCUCGCCGUCAGGCGUUUCGUUCCUUUUAAGCGGCGCUGCCACAUCGUGUGCGUGCACGUGUGUGCGCUCGCUGCAGAACUGACAGCAAACCCCUCCCUGCCCCUCCACCUGCCCCAGCCACCACCCCACACACACACACACACACACACACACACACACACACACAGUCUGCAUCUGUAGAUAAGGUGUACACGUGCGUCACAGAUUAGUGCAGUGCAUGGAGUUCAUGUACAGGCGGCGUUUGUAUGAAUAAACAUGCACACUACCUAUUUAUAUAAAUGCUCCUAAAUGUAAGAUACCUGUGUACAGGUAGCAGGUAAACUGACGAUUGUUCGCUGUCCAGACUCUUCUGACUUGUACAUAGAAGCACUAAUAACUCUGAGGCUGUUAGAGUAAUAAUGAUGAUUAUUUUGUCACGUGACUUGAUUUGUAGACGAAUAGAUGCCAUCAUUAUUAUUACCUCUACUGCAGCUGGAAUAUUUAUGUUGUACGCUAAUUUUUAAAAAUGUUAAUUGCCAAUUUUGACCACUAGGUGGGGAAUAAGCGCAAUGUUACUGUGAUAGAGCUAUAAAAAUAUUAAUGUUUCUACAGAGGACAAAAAGGACUCCCUUUCCCAGCAUUCCUGUCGAGGUCUCAGGGUGGGAGUCUCCAGUUCUGGGCAGGGCUGCGUUUUUUUGUUUUGUUUGUUUAUUGGUUGUUUUUUUUGAGCCAGUAUUAAUCCAUUGGACAUAUUUCCUGAUCUUUUCACUACCUUUUGGUGCCAUGUCUUUAUUUUUUUUUUUUUAGUUUUACGCUUCGCACUCUUUACAGUGCGAACAACUUUCCCAGAAACACUGUAACACCUGCAAAAUACAGAAGCCCAAAGGUGUCCAAUAUUUAUUUAAAAAACUCAAAAAUGAUCAAAUGUUUUAAUAUGAGCAGUUUUAAAAAUUCAACUCCUCAAUUCAUUCUUUCAUAUUUGUCAGUUGAACACUGAGCUGUCGGGGUGAUUGAAUUUUGGAAUUGAUUCUCAAAAAGGUGAAAUGUUGAAAUAAAUGGUGAGAAGUUUUUAAAAAAUCAGUUAUAUGAUUAAGGCCACGAUGACUUAAAAACGGGCUUCUGUGAAACAUUUGGGUCAUUAGAAUCAAAAUGGAAAAAUAGAAACAAAAAUCAUUUUUUACCAUUAAUGAGUUAACUUUUAAGACUUUAAAAUAUUUUCCUUUCAAGUUUGUUUGAAUGAAUUUGAAAUGAUUUGAGUUGGAAGUGAAUAUUGGCAUCCUUGGGCCUCCGUAGGGGAACUCUGCUCUGCGUCCUUUCCAGACGAACACCUCACGGUUUCAUUUUGCACAGGCUGAAUGGGUAGAAGAUCUUCGGCCUCUGACCUCUGGGUGGUCAGACGCCGGCUUUCUGUCACAUCUACCUCAUUUGCACUGAUAGGAGACGAAUGUUCAGGUGGACUUCAGAGGGAAAAAAAAUCUUUUUUUCUUUUCGUUUUCCUUCUCGUUUUGUGCAAAUGUUGAUGGGAUGAAGAGUGCAAGCUAGAGGGGACAAACUUAACGCUCAGAGCGGAAAACUGUCCGCGGGACGUGCUGGACUUUAAAGACUUUCCAGGAGACGCUGUGCUGAGGACGAUGAGUGAUGGUGGGUCAGGGUGGAUGAAGUGCUCCUCCUCUUCCUCAGAAAAAAGUUACAAGUGCAAGAUUUCAUUUUGCCAACAUUUUUGUUUUGAGCAUUUUAUUUUGAAAUGCUGACCAUUCCUCAAGUGUUAUUUUGCCAAUCAAAGCUGCAAACGCAGGAAGAGUCCACAUCAUCUUCAUCAGCUGGGAGCAGUUCGCUGACUGCUGGAUUUCUCUGUUUUAUUUCAUGGUCGGAAUUCACAGAACGUUUCGGGAAGCGUUCGUAUUUGCUGUCGUCUGAGAUAAAAGUUACAGAAAUAUUCUAAUUUUCUGGUUGAAAAAUGCCUUUUUAAAUGUGACAUCUAUGUAUUAAGAGCCAAAAACUGUUAAUCAAUUAAUGUGAUUUGGAAGUUUGUUGGUAAUUCAAGUCAUUUUAUUGGAAAAAUGUAAAAUAUUUGUAAUUUCAUGCAUUUCUAGACCGUUUUCACUUUUCUUUUAUUUAUUUAUCUUUAAUUUCGGUAAUGAUGAUUUUCCCCCAAAACUUUAAAUCUCACUGUAUUUUUUUUUUUUUUUUUAAACGUCACUUUAGAUUCUGGUAUUUGACAUUUUUAAGUCGAAACACUUGGUUACAUUACUGUACAAAUUUACAGUCCAAGUCUUAAAAAUACAAAGAAAUUCAGUUUAAAAUUGCAUAAAUUAAUUUGGAAUUAGAAAUCAUAACUCAAGGACGUUAUGACUUAUUGUUCAGUUAUUGAGUUAUUUAUGGAUUCACCGUUUCAGCUUGUCUUUACUCACUUUUCUAUUUUUUUUUUUCUCUCAAUGUUCUCAUUCUCAGACUGGUCUGAUGUGUUCAAGGACAGUUUGACAUUUAAAAACUGAAGGUUUUUUCUGUUUGAAAAUGUAAAGUUACUGAUUUUAGAAGUUGAUGGCAAACAUUUAAAUUUUCCACAACAGCAAACUCAGUGUUUCCAUUUGAUUCCUCAUGUUUACUGUUGCAGCUUUAAACUUUAAAAAAAAAAAAAAAAUGCCCAAGGCGUUUGUGGCCAUCAGUGUGAGGAGGACGAAGAGGAGGAUGCAGGUUAUUGCUGUUUGAGUGCAGAGCAGGAUGAAGGUGUGUGUAUGUCGCAGGAGGCCGGAGUGAAAACAUUCAGGUUGAGUGUUUGAGGAGCAUUGGAAAAACUAGUUGUACAGAAACAUAAUAAAAUAAUUUUGGAGAAAUAAAAGGACAAAAACAGAA